AUGUCCCACUUUCAACCGUCCCCUCAACCCCGCACUGCACGCGUCACCCGUGUCACCGCUGUCGCCGCUCGACAUGUCCCCGACUCCGAUUUCGGACCGCGCUCUUCCGGCCGCCACCCACAGGAUCACAACCUGCUCGUCUCAGAGCUCCAGUCGCUCAUUGUCGAGAGCAAGCGCCGGAACCCCGAGGUCAAAGAUGCAGGCGAGGCCGCUCUCGAGAUCUUGCGACCAGGACCGCAGCCGCGCGAGGUGUUGGUAGCCCGCGCAGAAACGCUGCUCGCACCGGUGACGCUCGGCUGCAAGACGAAGAAUGCCAAGAUUGUCGGUAUUAGCAUCGCUGCUCUGCAGCGCCUUGUCGCGCUCGGCGGCGUGCCGCUGGCUUUAUUGCCAGACGUGCUUUCAACGCUGGGACACGUCGCGGGUAACGCGGUCGACAUCCAGCUCAAGAUCCUGCAGACGCUGCUGAGCAUCCUCACAUACUGCAAGGACAUGCACGGGGACACGCUUGGCACGGCACUGCUCCUGUGCUUCAAGCUGCAAGACUCGCGCGUGAGCGUCGUGAGCUCGACGGCAGCAGCGACGCUGCGUCAGGCGAUCAUGGUCGUGUUUGACCGCGUCUCCCUCGACACGGCCCAGUCUGAGACGACCGUCCCUCUCCAGCUCGCCACCGAGCCUCCCUCCACGGUCGAGGUGUCACCUUCGGCAAUGGACGCCUACAGUAUCCUCGCCGACCUGUGUCUCCUUACCUCCCACACUCCCUCCGGCUCUGGCCUCUCCCUCUGGACUGCCGCGGAGAAGGAAAAGCCCCGCAUGCUCAAGCUCUCGUCCCUCCAGCGCACGUUUGGUCUCGAGCUCAUCGAGUCAAUUCUGAGCGGCUACGACAGCGUCGUGAAGAAGCACCCAGAACUCCUCUUCCUCCUCCAACACAACCUUCACCCUCUAAUCAACCGCAUCCAGAGCGAAAAGCCCACCUUUCCAGUGGCUCUGCGCAUCGUUCGCCUCAUCUACGUCCUUAUCCGCAACUAUCACGCCGAGUUGCCGACAGAGGUCGAGCAGUACCUUGUGUGGCUCAUUCGUGUGGGUGUCGGCGAGCACGACGACGAAAAGCACGACAAGAAGAAGAAGGACGCCCACAAGGACAAUGUCGUUCCGUGGCUCCACGUCCUUGCCCUCGAGAUUAUUAGGGGGAUUGCCAGUGACCCAGCCUUACUGCGUGCCAUCCAGGCCCAGUAUGACACGCCUGACGGACCCAAGCUCUUUGUGCGCAUUGUCUCCGCACUGAGCCAUUUCCUCAACGAAAAGCCGCAGCUCCUCGGUGCCGGCGCUCAGAUGCACGGCCUCGGCGUCCCGCAUACCGUCAUGAACCAGCACGCUAAUGCCGGAUAUCUCGACAUGGGUAUCGGCAUGAUGGCGUCGGCCGCCAGCGUCGGUGUGUCGGCCGUGGGUGCCAUGGUCGGGUCUGGGCAAGGCGGUGGUCUUGGACAACACUCGACAAUGAAGCAACGCCUGAUUGAACAGCACGACAAGGCUGAGGCACCAAUCGUGCCAGAGACGUACCCGUACCUGCUUGCCGUGCAGUCGCUGUGCGCUAUUGCCGAGAGCAUUGUGGCUGGCGCUGGCGCCAAGGAGACAAACGACGCCGCAAGGGCGAUGGCCGACUCGGCAUGGCCUGCUCUCCUGGCCAGCUUGUCCUACUGCAUCUCGACCGACCUGUCUGACCAGCUCUUUGCUGAGGUUCUCAUUGCCUUGCAAGACUUUACAGUGGCAUGCGGCACCCUCGACCUGGCUACUCCCCGUGACGCCUUUCUCAACACUCUGGCACGAUAUGCAGUCCCGCCACCGGUUGUCUCAGCAAUGCAGUCAUACAUCGACCCUCCGACAGCCAAGAGUGCAGGCGUAGCCGAGACCCUUAACGCGUUGACUGGCGGACCAAGCGGCCCACCAUCACUGUCGGAACGCAACCUUGCCUGCCUCCGCAGCCUCAUCACCGUCGCCCAGCUCUUGGCCAGCAGCCUGGGUCCCGGAUGGCACGACGUGCUGGAGACCCUGCAGAAUGCAAACUACCUCCUCUCUAUGCGCAAACCCACAAAGCGCCCCACAUCGGCUGCCGUGACGACCCCACCGGGAGGCUCUGGUCGGUCGUCGGCUGACAUUCCCGGACCAAAGCCCGACGCCCUCAAGGACCUCGACGGCGAGAACAUUCAGAACGCCGUCGGCGUGCUGUUCGACCGAUCUGUGGAGCUGGACGACGAAGCCUUCACCGUCUUCAUCACAGCCCUGUGCCGCUUGAGCGCUGAGAUGAUUGGCAUGGACGUUGGUGUUGACCUGACCGAGACGCUGGGGGUCGCACAGGACAACAGGCGGCGUACGAGCGGUAUAACGGUGUCAACUAGCAUCAAGUCGGGUGAACGGAGCUUUGGUCUGAGCAAGUUGAGAUUGGUCGCAGUGCUCAACCUCGGACGGCUCGUGGCGCAAGAUCCCAUGGCAGGCUGGACUGCAGUCACGCAGCACCUUCUCGCCGUCUCGCGUCAUGUCACUGCCCCGUCCGCGAUCCGACUCCAGGCCUCCGACACGCUCGACGAAAUUCUCCUGGCGUCGUUGCGUACAACCCACGAGCGUCGUGUUCAGCACAAUGUCUUUGACGUUCUCGUCCGCCAAGUCGACCCCAACCCGAUCAGCAGCACGAUCACGACUGACUAUGACGUUCGAUCGUCGGGAUACCAGGCCUUGAACCAGAUCCUAGAGUCGUCUGGCCAUUCGCUCGAGGUUGGAUGGCCCACGAUCUUUGGCAUGCUCAACGACGUGUGCAAGCGUCCCGAGGUCACCCCCGGUCAACCUCCAGCCAACAUUCACUCGGCCCGCGGCGACGCCAACUUGGUGCGCAUCGCCUUCCCCUCCCUCACUUUGAUCUGCACGGAUUUCCUCUCGGCACUCGACCCCGAUGCGAUGCGCCAGUGUAUCGCGUGUCUAGGAUACUUUGGACGCCAGCGCGACGACGUCAACAUUACGCUUGCGGCUAUCGGACUGUUAUGGACCUUGUCCGACGCUGUGCAGGGCAACUCGAAGGACCUCUGGCUCUACCUCCUCACCGAGCUUCUUGAGCUGGCCCGUGACCCACGCCUCGAGGUCCGGAGCAGUGCGAUGCAGACGCUGUUCCGUUGCGUCGACCUGUACGGCGCCAACCUCAGCCCCCAGCUGUGGGAGGAUGUGUUCUGGAAAGUCAUCUUCCCUCUCCUUGAGACCAUGGGCCCCGAUGAGAGCCAGGUUCUCGCCCUCACGUCUGUGGGAUCCAUCUUUGGUACCUUCCUCCCGCAAAUCUCGGCCCUUCCAUCGGCGACAAAGGUGUACCAGAGCCUCCUGGACCGGCUGGAGAAGAGCUUUAUCGCCGAGCCCCGCCCUUGCUCAACUGCCGCGCUAAAGGUCCUGGAGCGCGUCCUCGGUGUCACAAAGCGCAAGACGCCAUUCCUCGACCCGACAUGGGACACGUUCCGCGCCAUGGGCGAUGCUCUCGAGUCGGGUGAGCCUUACACCCAGGAGAACCUCGUGGCCCUCGUGCGCGUCGCCGCACGCCUGCACGACCUGCUCGAGUGGAACGACGAGCGCGUGCACCAGCUCUCGACCAUCCUCCGUGCCGUCGUCGCCUACUCGCGUUCGCCAGACUACCGCCCGGACGUGGACGCCAUGUCGCCACUGCAAGAGGCCGUGGCCGAGCUUGUCGCCAAGUCGAAGCACUUUGGCCCCUCGCUUGUGCUCUCUGACCUUGCCGAGUUUGCCUCGUUGGCAUACAUGGGCGAGUCGGGUAGCAAGGUGACAUAUGUCGCACUGUCCAAGUUUGCCAUGCCCCGCAUGGCCGAGGUGUUUGAAAAAGUGGCCAACACAGACGCGCUGUACGACGACGGAACAGUGGAAAAUGUACUCGGAGCGUACGCACUGCCCAUCAAGCUCAAGUACGACUGCCCGCCGCCCAGCAAGUUUGGCUCCGACCCGCCACUGUGGCGCACGGCCAUGGGCACGUUUGUGCGCGUGCUCGAUCUCGUCAUGCCGGCCCUGGAGACCAAGAGUCUCGGUCCGGAGCGGUACGCCGCCAUCUGGGCGCAGGUCAUGGACGUGUACGCCGGCGUUCUUCUGGCCGAGCAGGACGGCGCCGCCGCGAGCGACGACGAGGAGUUUGUGCUUCCCAUUCUGGACCGGAUCCGUGCCGCCAUCUCGCCUCGGCUCGCCGACGCCCGUGUGCCCGGCCACGUCGUGUCGGGCUACGCCGAGACGCUGCGCAAGGCCUCGGUGCUGUACCACUACGACGUGCGCGCCAACGGUGGUACGACGGCGCCUGUCGUGCCCGAGUCGUACGAGGCGACGCGGUACUGGGCGUUUGACCAGCUCGUGGCGAGCGCAUCGAAGACAGCAGACGGGGGCGCGAUGGAACGACGCGUCGCGGCCAUGUUCACGCCGUCGGUUCUGAAGCGGUUUGAGGCGACGUUGAGGCAGUUCCUCAGUGACGCAAAGUUGCGUGGGUCCAUGCCGUUUUCCAGGGUGCGCGAAGACGAAAUUCUCUACGUGCUCCGACACCUCGUCACCAUGACAUUGUGGGAGGGUUCCAACCCGACGACAGACGGGGCCAGCACGCCACUGGCCAGCGCGGCCGCGGCAUCCCCCCGCGCCCACCUGUUCCAGUACUACCUGCUCAUCCUGGAGAUUGCGUUCGUGCCCGCGACCUUGCCGAGCAUGUGGAUCCGGCCCGACGAGCACGCGCGCCUGUUUGGGCUGGACGGCGACGGCGCCGAGGCCGACGCGCCCCGCGACGGCACCGACUUGAUUGAAGUGAGCGCGCGCGACCUCGCAAGGAGGGCGUUGGCGCUUGUGGGCGAGGAACUGCGCCUGAGUCCCGGCAGCACGGCAACGGCCACGGCAGGCUCGGCCGCGGUUUAA